UAAUUGCGCAUGGCUACGAAUGUUGAGGUGUGAUUAUGCAUGGCCACGGAUGGCCAACAAACACAAUGGGCGGGGUUACGGCCGUACACAAGGGUGGCGCUAGCACCGACGUCCGCAUGUGUAUCCCCCACGGGCCCCCCCUCGGGGGCGAGUCCUAUAAAAGGUGAUGAGCUCGAGGGCUCGAGGUCGGGACUCAGCUUUAACCAGAGAAGACGGAAGACCAGCUAGUGUAGGCCCCAGAGCUCCCCUGGCUCGCUGUCCUUAUAAGGGCCGACCAGGGCAAGCCGGUGGCGUGGCCCCGAGAGCCCAGACGAAGCUGGUCUGGUGACUCAGGGAGCCGGGAUCCCAGCUUAACCAAGCUGGGACAGAUAGCCUCCCCUAGUCCCGUAGUGGAGGAAUUGGUAUAGGUUAGAGGGGUUAGCUGUCGAGAAUCCCUGUAGCCAAGUGACCUGUACAACUGUGUUGGUGUAAUAAAUAAGUGUGCCUCCGAUCCUGUCGUCAAGCCUCCAUAUAUACUUACUACAUCUGGUGUCAGAAGUAAACGUCCAACGAUGGACACACGAGGGACGACACGUACCAGGGAGUCGGAGAUGGAAGACGCCGCGGCCGAAUCUCCACCAGUGAUGGCCGGGGUCGAAUCGGAGCAGCCGGGGCCGAGUACGCCCGCGCCGCUACGACAGGAGGAGGGGGAUGCGUCGGCCGAAGGACUCCGGCUGGCCCACUCCCGCCUGGCGGACCUGCUCUACGCCGCGGCCGCCGCGUUGGAGGAGAUCACGCGGCUGGGGGCUGGAGGAGCAGCGCGGGUCGACGACGGCAGCCGGCGCGGGGCGACGUUUCCCGCCACCCCGACGCGGCUCGCGGUCAAAUUUCCCGCCAUCUCUACAGUACGAGCGGAGGGCGGGGCCGGCCCGCGUCACGUGUCUGCUGAGCGCCAAGCACAAGCCGUGACAUCAUCAACGCCGGCCGGCGCGUCAACAUCAGAGCGACCGGCGAUGCCAUGUGCACGGCCCGCCCACACUGUAUCAUCGGCGGGGAGCGACGGAGAGCGUUCUGCGGCCACGGACGCCGCCUUACAACAGCGUCUGCCGCCUCUUAAAGAAUUUGUCGGCGCUGACGGAGACUGGGGCGGCUUCAAGAGGCGGUUCAUCGCUCAUCAAGAGAUGGCGAACUGGUCGGACGCCGAGGCUCUACGCGCGCUGCCAGCGAUGCUGGACAACGACGCCCUGGCUACCCUCACCUCGGCGCCGAGGGAAAAGCGCGCCACUCUACACCUGGCGUUGCAGCUGCUGUCAGCCGUCUAUGGGCCGCCUUCGGACUGCAGGCAGCUGUUCCACGAUCGGAGUCGGGGCGCCAACGAGUCACCCCUGGCCUUCCGGACGGCUCUCCUGGCUCUGGCAAAGGCUGCUUUCCCAAGGAUGGACGAGGAAGGAGUGGAUGCCAUGGUGGCUGAGAAGCUGCUGCUACUCGCUGACGAGCUGGACGUCAACGUCUUGGCUCAGGACGACGCGGAGAUGUCGUCCCUGCUGGUCGCGCGCCACAUCCACGGGGGCUUGCGGUCCCUGCGUCGGAAGGCGGCAAAGGGGGCGGCCGGCCAUGCCAUGGCGACCACCGCCCUCCCAUCGGAGGAGGUCUGCGGGGUGGAGCGGCGAGGGGAAUGGAGAUCGGCGGCACCGCAGGCUCGGAAUGGACCGAGCCGCCAGGAGCAGCCCAGGUCAUCUGGGGCGCUCACACGCUGCUACAACUGUGGCCUGCAAGGCCACGUUGCGUCUGGAUGCCGGGCUCCCCGUCAGCGCGGGGCGACACCUCGUCAGGACGCCACGCCGUCUCCUCCCAAGCUCCAGCAGAGAAAUACGGUGAAACAGGAGUGACGGGUCCACACCCACCAACCCCUCCCGGAGGGGUCGGGGGUCACUCGGCAGCGACGCCUGACUCUCUUGCACCCGGACCGUCAACA